GAGCCCGAUCCCCCCCCCCCCCCAAUUCCAUUUAUCCGAUCCGGUCUUCACUGAUGAGCUCCUCCUCCGACUCGUCGGGAGCUAAGCCGUGCGCGGCGACGGCCGACAAGGACAAGCAGAAGGAGAAGGCGAGAGUGAGCCGCACCUCCCUCAUACUCUGGCACGCUCACCACAACGACGCCGUCGCAGUCCGCAAGCUUCUCGAGGAGGAUCGCGCCCUCGUUCACGCCAGAGACUACGACAACCGCACUCCGCUCCACGUCGCCUCCCUCCACGGCUGGAUCGACGUCGCCAAAUGCCUCAUCGAGUACGGCGCCGAUGUCAACGCCCAGGAUCGUUGGAAGAACACUCCUCUAGCUGAUGCCGAAGGAGCUAAGAAGCACACCAUGAUUGAGCUGUUGAAAUCUUAUGGUGGCUUGUCUUAUGGCCAAAAUGGGAGCCAUUUCGAACCGAAGCCGGUGGCGCCUCCUCUGCCAAACAAGUGUGAUUGGGAAAUUGAGCCUGCUGAGCUUGACUUCUCCGGAUCAGUUACCAUCGGGAAGGGCUCGUUUGGUGAGAUUUUAAAAGCACAUUGGCGUGGAACACCAGUAGCUGUCAAACGCAUUCUUCCAUCUCUUUCUGGUGAUAGAUUAGUGAUUCAGGACUUCCGGCAUGAAGUAAAUUUGCUAGUGAAGCUUCGCCACCCUAAUAUAGUCCAAUUUCUUGGAGCUGUCACAGAGAAGAAGCCUCUUAUGUUAAUUACGGAGUAUUUAAGAGGGGGAGAUCUUCAUCAGUACCUUAAGGAAAAGGGUUCACUUAGUCCUACAACAGCUGUCAGCUUUGCCUUGGACAUUGCAAGAGGGAUGGCUUAUCUUCACAAUGAGCCAAAUGUUAUAAUUCAUCGUGACCUAAAACCAAGGAAUGUUCUUUUAGUCAAUUCCAGUGCAGACCAUCUCAAAGUUGGAGAUUUUGGACUAAGCAAGCUCAUCAAGGUUCAAAAUUCUCAUGAUGUGUACAAAAUGACUGGCGAAACUGGAAGUUACCGAUAUAUGGCUCCCGAAGUUUUUAAGCACCGGCGAUAUGAUAAGAAGGUUGAUGUGUUCUCUUUUGCAAUGAUACUGUAUGAGAUGCUCGAAGGAGAUCCACCACUUUCAAAUUAUGAGCCUUAUGAUGCAGCCAAAUUUGUGGCAGAAGGACACAGGCCAAUGUUUCAUGGAAAAGGACACACCCCUGAACUGAAAGAGUUAAUAGAGCAAUGCUGGUCUGCUGACAUGAACCAAAGACCUUCUUUCUUGGAAAUUCUGAAAAAGCUUGAGAAGGUAAAGGAAAAUCUUCAAACAGAUCAUCACUGGCACAUAUUCAAUACAUAAAUUUGAAGGUGAUGACGUUAUCAGGUACAUAGUUGAUACUGUGCCAGUCACUUGUAGUCCCAAUGGUGCAGAUGCGAUUGUGAAUACGCUAAACAGGGAAAGCCUGCGAUUAAUGUUCUACUAUUCUGUUUCAGAUUCUUAUUAUGAGAGGAAGUGAUAUUGAUAUUAUUCUUGUGUCUCUGCAUCAGGAUGUCUUUUUUUCAACAACCAUAUCCAGAAAAUCUCAUCGAAAUUAACAAAUAGAGAUUUCAUGUUUUGACUGGAUAAUCUCCUUUUCAUAUAUGUCAAUUGUAAUUUGUUUGUACUCUUUUGAAAUUGAUGUGAUGAGAAUAAACACUGUAUUGUUUUUUUUUUUUUUUAUCCUUAUUCAACACUGAAGUUAUGAGUG